AUGGCAAACUGCUGGGCAACGCUCCUGCUGAUGGUUGGGGUAGCCAUAGCAAUCCCCACCGUCCCCCCGCAACUGAGCUAUGACCAAGCUCUGGCCUCUGCUGUCAAGACCUACAAUCAGGAGUCAGGCCUGGAGAGCAUCUUCCGGCUGCUAGAAGCUGAGCCGAAACAGAAUUGGGAUCCCACCACCGGAAAUCUUCAGCAACUGACCUUCACCAUGCAAGAGACCACCUGCCCCAACUCAGAAAACGUUGUCACUGAGCAAUGUGAAUUCAAGCCCGAUGGGUUGAUAAAAGGUUGCACUGGAUACUUCUCCACUGAGCCGGGAAAUCCCAAGAUCCUUGUCAGCUGUGAAAAUGCGGUUCAAAAGCCUGUCCGAGUCACCCGAUUCAGAGGACUUGGAUUGCUCCUGAGAGGCCUUGGAAGAGGAUUUGGCCGCUUAUGGGGCUCCAAUCAGUAG